UUAUAUAACCUGGCUUUCAUUCCGUCACUCCAAACACUCUCCCGGUCGCUAUCUCACGUCACGAGUCGAGGAAUGGCUCGGAGCAGCAACAUGAUGCUCGUCUUCCACCUAGUGGCGCUCCUUCUGCUGCUGCUCGCCGGCGCCGGCGGCUGCCACCGCGCGCUGCUGAAGGCGCACUUCUACCGGCACAGCUGCCCGGUGGCGGAGGCGGUGGUGCGAGACAUCGUGCUCGCCCGCGUUGCCGUCGACCCCGCCGUGCUCCCCGCCAAGUUGCUGCGCCUCUUCUUCCACGACUGCUUCGUCAGAGGGUGCGACGCGUCGGUGCUGAUCGACUCGACGCCGGGCAACACGGCGGAGAAGGACGCGGCGCCGAACAGGUCGCUGGGCGGGUUCGACGUGAUCGACACCGCCAAGGCCGUGCUGGAGGCCGUAUGCCCCGGCACCGUCUCCUGCGCCGACAUCGUCGCGCUCGCCGCCAGGGACGCCGUCUCAUUCCAGUUCGGUCGGGACCUUUGGGACGUGCAGCUGGGGCGGCGCGACGGCGUGGUGUCGCGGGCGUCGGAGGCGCUAGCCAACAUCCCCUCGCCGUCGGCCAACUUCACCACCCUCGAGGCCAACUUCGCCAGCAAGGGCCUCGACGUCAAGGACCUCGUCAUCCUCUCAGGAGCGCACACGAUCGGCGUCGGCCACUGCAACACCUUCGCCGCCCGCCUCUCCAACUUCACCGGCGCCGCCACCGCUACCUCCGACCCGACGCUCAACGCCGCCUACGCCUCGCAGCUGCGCGCCCUGUGCGGGCCCUCGGCCUCCUCCAACAGCGCCACCGCGGUGCCCAUGGACCCCGGCAGCGCCGCCCGGUUCGACGCGCACUACUACGUGAACCUCAAGCUCGGCCGCGGCCUGUUCGCGUCGGACGCGGCGCUGCUCACGGACCGCCGCGCGGCGGGGAUGAUCCACCAGCUCACGAGGAAGGGGUACUUCCUCGAGGAGUUUAAGAACGCCGUCCGCAAGAUGGGGCGCGUCGGCGUGCUCACCGGCGGCGGCCAUGGGGAGAUCAGGAGGAACUGCAGGGCCGUCAACAUCUGAUUGAGCCGGGGGCCGGUCGUCGUUCUUGGAAGCUGAUCUGUUUACUUAGUUUUUUUUUGUGGGGGAGUAAUUAAUACAUGUAAUUUCAGGGGAAUUAAGUUAAUCUGUCCUUUUCUUUGUUGUACUCGUAUUUGGUGUUCAUUCAUGUGAAAAAUGUUAGACCAGUGUAUCACUGUACUGAACUCGCUUCAUUUAUUUUGAGAAACACCAAUAUAAUCUA